AUGGCUCCCUCCGAUGACAUUCUCACUGAUGUGCCGGGCACGGUGUAUCUGGUUGAUAAAUCAGAAGCCUUGACGGACUCUGCUCAUGCAGAGCAACGAGAUAUCAUCCUCAUCCCACAGCCUUCCUCCUCCCUAGCAGACCCUUUGAACUGGGUCAAAACCAAGAAAUACUGGUCCCUACUCCUCAUCUCCUUCUAUGCCUGUGUCAUGUCGUUCGGAGAGAACAACUGGGGCGCAUCAUGGACGGUCAUCUCUGCCGACACCGGCGUCUCUAUCGAAGACAUGAACGGCGGUUCGGCCCUUAAUUACCUCAUGCUGGGCUUCUUCAACAUCAUCUGGAUUCCUUCCGCCAUGAAGUUCGGCCGCAAGAUUGUCUUCAUCAUGAGUCUAAUCUGCGUCGCUGCGUCCAGCAUCUGGGGAGGCUUCUACCACGGCACGGGCCAGUACUAUACCAUGACUACUAUCAAUGGAAUCGGCACAGCUGCCUAUCAGGCUCUGAUCCAGCUGACCAUCUUCGACAUGUUCUUUGCGCACGAGCGCGGCCGCAUGCUGGCAUUCUACAUCUUCUUCCAGCAGCUCGGGUCCAUCCUCGGCCUCAUCCUGGGCGGAUACAUCUCCGACGGCAUCGGCUGGCGAUGGAGUGCACCUAUCGUGGCGAUAGCCUGUGGCGUCCUCAUCCUUCUCUUCAUCUUCACCUUCGAUGACACCAUGUUCCCCCGGUACCGCUUCCUCACAAACGAGAGCCUGCCUCCCCCAACAUCUCCCGUCGACAAGACAGCCGACACCGACGAGAAGAAGAGGCAGCCCGAGUCGACACGGUCUGUAUCCCCCAGCAACGGCAUUGGAGAAGUCGACAUCCUGCCGCGCACCUACCGCCAGAAGAUCGCCCUGGUGCACUACUUCCCUGACGAUCAGACCACCUGGUUCCAGUACUUCCGGCGUCCGUUCUUCCUCUUCGCGUUCCCCAACAUUGUCCUCGCCGGCAUUCAGUUCGCCUUUGGCUGCACCGCCGGCAUCGUCUCCUUCAACACCAUCUCGGAGAUCCUCACCGAAGCCCCGUACAAUUUCAGCGCGGGCUCCACAGGUCUGGUCUUCCUCGCUGCACUGGUGGGCAACUUCAUCGGAAUGGGCAUCGGAUACCUCUCCGACUGGAUCGUCCUAUAUCUCGCCCGCCGCAACAAGGGGUACAAGGAGCCCGAGAUGCGUCUGUGGACGCAGAUCUUCCCGUUCCUCUUCGCCGCCGUCGGGUACUUCACCUACGGCUGGGGCGCGCAAAAGGGCGACCACUGGAUGUCCAUUGCCGUCGGGCUGUGCUGCAUGAUUGCGCAGCAGGUGUCGGCGACGAGUAUUGCGACGGCAUAUGCCAUGGAGUGUUUUGAUCGGAUUUCCGGAGAGCUGGUUAUCGUGCUGGCGUGCUGCUCGUCCAUGAUCAACUUUGCCAUCUCGUUCUCCAUCCAGCAUUUUAUCAAUGCCACCAAUUACGGCUGGGCGUUUACGUUUUAUGGUCUUCUGGUUGUCGGGUCCAUGGUCAUGACGGUGCCCAUGAUGGUCUGGGGGAAGCGUUGGCGGAGACGGUGCAAGGGCCGGUAUAUGAAGUUUUUGGCUGAGGUGGGCCGCUCUCCUUAG